AUGGUGUCCAGUAAGAAGUCGGACUUUGUAUUUCUGAUAGAAACGAUGGUGGGACAGGAUCAUGCAGAACGUCUUCGAAUCAAAAUUGGUUUUGAAGGGUUGUUCUAUGUGGACAAUGAGAGGAAUGGGGGUGGCUUAGCGUUGCUCUGGAGGAAAAACAAUACUGCUACCCUCCUAAGCUACUCUAAGAAUCAUGUGGAUGUGGAGGUUCGAUUGGCUGAUGAUAGAGUUUGGAGAAUGACAGGUUUCUACGGCUUUCCAAAGCGGGAAGACAGGAGGGAAUCGUGGGAGUUAUUGGGGACGCUAAGUGGGAGAUCCUCGCUUCCAUGGGUUAUGGCUAUGAGAGGCUAUCAAUUUACCUGGGAAAAGAGCAAAGGCACGAACAAUUGGAUUGAGGAGAGGUUGGACAAGGUGUUGGCAACGGCAUCUUGGGGGGAUGUUAAUCCCCAUGCAGAGAGGAGAAGGGGUCACAGAGGAUUCAGGUUUGAGAUGGCCUGGUUGCUGGAUGAGGGAUGCAGGGAGGUGGUUGAGACAGCCUGGCAUGACCGGCGGACUGAGGGUUUGCUGAAUUGUCAGCAAUAUUGUGGGCACAGUCUGAUGCGGUGGGGAGGGGACCACUUCCAUAAGUUUGGGGACCGAAUAAAGCGGAUCCGCGCGAAACAGGAGGCCAUUAGACAUAGGCGUGAUCCGGAUGCCCUGACCGAAUUUCAGAGUCUGGAAAUUCAGUUAACCCAGCUGGAAGCUCAGGAGGACACCUUCUGGAGACAGAGGGCGAAACAACAUUGGCUGCGUGGUGCUAAUGUAAACACAAAGUUUUACCACAGUGAUCCUUUGUUUAAUGAUUUUGCCCCACGUGUCACCCCGGCACAAAACAUGGCCCUUUUGCGCCCCUUUGAUAUUGAUGAGGUUAGAACUGCAGUAUUUUCUAUGUUCCCGGAUAAAGCCCCAGGGCCAGAUGGUAUGAACCCAGGUUUCUACCAACAUUUUUGGGAUGUGGUGGGAGUGGAUGUAUCUGGAUUUAUUGUUAACACCCUCAACUCGCGAAUCCUGCCGAAUGGAUUGAAUGAUACGAAUAUAGUACUGAUCCCUAAGAAAAAUGUGCCUGAAACGGUUGGGGACAUGCGGCCAAUUGCUCUCAGUAAUGUACUGUACAGGAUUAUGGCUAAGAUGAUAACCAAUAGAAUGAAACCACUUAUGGAAAAUCUAAUAUCAGAUUCCCAGAGUGCUUUCAUUUCAGGGAGGUUGAUCACAGAUAAUAUCCUGGUGGCUUCGGAGGUUGGCCACUUUCUAAAUCGGAAGCAAUGUGGUAAUGUGGGAUGGGGAGCUCUAAAGUUAGAUAUGGCAAAGGCAUAUGAUAGAAUGGAGUGGCCUUUUCUGAAGAAGAUGUUACAGGUAAUGGGAUUUGAUAAGGGGUGGAUUGAUUUGAUUAUGACAUGUGUGACGACUGUGACAUAUCAGGUUGUGGUAAAUGGUGUGCCUGGAGGAAAAAUAAUCCCAACACGAGGUCUCAGGCAAGGCGACCCCCUUUCACCUUAUUUGUUCAUUAUAUGUGCAGAAGGAUUAUCUUUAUUAUUACAAAAAGCUGAGCUGGCAGGUUCAAUUCAUGGAUGUAGAGUGGCUAGAGGGGCACCCCCAGUGUCACAUUUCUUCUUUGCAGAUGACAGCUUAUUGUUUUUCAAGGCAAACUUACAGGAGGCUAGUGUGAUAAAACAAUGUCUGCUGAGGUAUGAGAAUUUAUCUGGUCAGAUGGUUAAUUAUCAUAAAUCAAAUAUUUGUUUUAGCAAGAAUACCUCAAGGGAGGAUAGGGAUCUCGUGGCUAAUUGUUUAGGCGUGGAUCAGGCACCAAACUUUGGGAAAUAUUUAGGGCUUCCGUCAUUCAUUGGGAGAAAUAAAAGGGCAGUCUUCUCUUAUGUGGAGGAUAAAAUCAAACAGAGAAUUGGAUCAUGGAAUAAGAAGCUGUUGUCACAAGCAGGAAAAGAGGUACUUUUGAAAAGUGUGGCUCAAUCUAUGCCUACCUUCUUAAUGAGUAUUUUCUUAUUGCCUGAUACAGUCUGUUUAUCUAUUGAGAGGACAAUGAACAGAUACUGGUGGGGAAAAGGGGUGGACAGAGGGAUCCAUUGGAAGGCCUGGGAUAAAUUGUGUGUUCCUAAGAGAUAUGGGGGUUUGGGAUUUAAAGAUCUUCGUUCUUUUAACCUGGCUAUGUUAGGGAAGCAGGCAUGGAGAUUUCUUACUAAUCCAACCUCUCUUGCAGCAAGAAUAUAUAAAGCCCGUUACUACCCGACGACUUCCUUUAUUGAUGCAAAGAUAUGGAAUUGUCCCAAUUAUUGUUGGCGGAGUAUAAUGGCUGCCCAUGAAAUAGUUUGCUCUGGAGUCAGGAGAAGGAUUGGAAAUGGGGGAAAAACUCUGAUCUGGGGACAUCCCUGGUUGCCUGAUGAUCCAAGUCCUUUAAUACAAACAGUAAUGCCUGAGGAACUGCGUGAGGCGAGGGUUGUAGGUUUGAUUGACCAGCAAACGAAAACAUGGGAUCCUCAUAUUUUAUGCGAUUUGUUUGAACCUGACGAUGUGGCUCGUAUAUCUAGGAUCCCUGUGAGUCCGGAGUAUGAGGACUCGUGGUAUUGGUAUAAAGAUCCAAGGGGUGAAUAUUCUGUUAAAAAUGCAUAUAGGCAGAUUGUUGGAGAUUUUGUAAAUAAUUCUGGUGCCUUUGAUAAGUGGAUCACAUUGUGGAAGUUGAAAGUCCCACCCAAAUGGAAAACCUUUUUAAUUGUUUGGAAUAUUUCGGGUUUGCCUGUUACAAAUAUUAUUGCUGCUACUUUUCCAGAAUGGAUAAUGGGUGCUAUGGCUAACUUAACGGAGGAGCAAUUUGCCACACUGGUAGGAGUUCUAUAUCAUUUAUGGAAUGCCCGGAACGAAGCUGUAUGGAAGAGGGCAUUACCACGACCUCCCACUACAUGGAGGCGUGCUGCCACGGCAAGACUGGCGUAUAUCCAAGCCCACUGCCCGGGCAGUGUUCACGCAGCGCAGCCACCUGCACCGGCGCUCCAGGGACGUCCGCGCUGCUUCUUCGACGGAGGUUUUCGACCGCAGUCGGGCGACGCGGCUUACAGCGUUGUAUUACUACACCCGGAUGGUUCGUUCAAGGCGGCAACAAAUGGCAAGCUCACGAGAUGUUUUUCACCUCUUAUGGCGGAGGCCCUAGCAUGCAAAGAAGCGUUAUCAUGGCUUAAGGAGCGGAACGAACUCGAUGUGGAUAUGCUGACUGAUUGCACACAACUACGACAUCACUUACGAUCUAGUCCUACGACCAUCCUAUCUUAUGAAGGGGUGGUGGAGGAUCAAUGUCGGAGUCAAAGGCAGGAUGGGUGUGGAUUUGUGGAAUUGUAUGAUCCUCCAAUGUGUUACCGUUCGAAGCGAAUAAUUCCGGGAUUGCUUAAACGCAUUAAUAGACUAGAGGAAGAUAUAAGAACACUGAAUAUGAAGAUUGAAUGUGAUAAGAAGGAGGCUGGAAAUGUGUUGAAGAAGAUUGUAGGAAUAAUGAUUUUAAUUUUUGUAGGCUAUAUUGGUAGUUAG